AUGGCCCACGAGGACGUGAGCUAUUACCGGGGGCAGUACAAGGACCGGCUCCUGCGCCUGCUCAGGUCAGGGGCUCCUCCAGCCUCCCCCCGUGCCUCCGCCUUCACAGACAGGAUGGAGAGCCUUGCUGAGCAGUGGAGGGACCUGCACGCCAGGAGGGCCCAGCUGAAAGCCCACGUGGUGACAUCUGGGGCGACUGUGAAGGAGAAUGAAAGGCUGCGAAGCCAAGCUCUGAAGAAAGCCAAAGAAGAGAAAGAGGAGAAUUCCAAAAAGGAGAGUGAGCUUUUGAGGGCUAGGAGGGAACUGGAAGCCCUGAGGAAACAGCACCAGGUACUCUCCAAAAAAUUGCUGAAGUACUCCCUGUUCAAGAAGUACCUGGACGAGGUGGUGGAGAAUUCACAGUUCCAUGACAUCGAUGACAUCAUCACCUACUACAAGGCCCUGCUGAGGACACGCAAGGACCUGCUGCAGUCCCAGUGGUGGCACCGGCAGCUGAUGGAGCAGGCUGUGGCGGGCCGUGGCCCGUGUCCCCAGGAGGAUCGCUGGGCGCAGGUGCAGGACAGGGCUGCCAGGAAGGCGGUGGAGCUGAGGUCCCUCACCAUGGCCAUCCACAGCCUGUUCCAGGCCGCCAGCGCGCGGCUGCAGCCGCAGGGCAGGGUGGCAGCUGGGGACAGCCACAGGCAGCUGGACAUGAUCCGGCAGUUUAUCCACGACCUCCAGGACUUCACGGAGGACAUGAAGGAGCGUGGCCGAGCUCUGUGA